AUGCUCUACCUACAUCGUUUGGAGUACAUAGGACGACUCUCUCACUGCUUGUUGCCGAGGCAGUCGCACGAGCACACUGCAUAUGCCGUCCGAUGCAUAUGCGCGUACCCACCCGUAUCGUAUGUACCGUACCUACUGCCUGCCUACAUAACAUACACUUUUAUACAGCCGCACCCGCACCCGCACCCGCACCCACUAACGAAGCCGAUA